GUCCUUUUGCGCGAAGCAGCUCCAUCCCGUCUUCCACGCUCCCUACCCUACGACGCCAGAGGAGGCGACAUGUCGUGGCUGCAGUACGCGGCGACCCGGAGGCAGCGCGCCGCCACGGCCUGCCUCUUCCUCACCGGCGCCGCGCUCAUCGCCGCCGCCGCGCGCCUCUCCUACGCCAAUAUCGAGCCCCAGCGCGCCAAGGCCGCCCAGCGCCGCAAGGUCCUCGAGGACUUCAUCGCCCGCAAGCGCGCAGCCGUGGCCGGACCCGGAGCCGGAGCCGGAGCAGACUCCCGCCCCCAGCCAGACCCCCCCAAAACCUAGCCACGCAUCGGCGCCACGGCACCACCCGGAUCGCGCGCUUCGAGCUUUUCGAAUCACAAGAGGCGUUCGUCCACUAUCGGAGCAAAGGGGAUCGGUUUAUUUGUGUGCUUCUUUGCACAUUGGAAUUUCUUUAGCAAAGAGGACGACUGAGAUGAGAUGGCCACCGGUGUUAUCUCCUCUGUAUGAAUUGUGGUGCUAAUUUGCUUAGCUGUAAUUUUUCAACUGAUUCCUUGUCGCAGUUUAGUAAUGCUGCCGAGUGCUGUAUCAUGACUUAGUUAUUUUUUCCUGGCUAAAUGGCAGUGACACAUUCAUACUAUUACCAGGGUGCUGUGCCUUGUUCA